UUAAUUACGUGGAUGUUCAAAUACCUGUAAACAACAAAUAACAGUGUAAACAAAUUCGACUUACACGUUGAACAGUAUUGUGUGUUCUAUAUCUAUGGAACGGACUAUAGAUAGACUGACCACGUGAUUGGCCAGAGCCCGCGGAGCCCGGCACGCUCCAGCGUCAGUCAUUAACUAUAGCUCGAUAGGAUAACAUGCAACUGUAGAUUGUGUAUUAAACUGUUAAAUAGACAUAGCCUUUUGUACUUGCCUUCACCCUUGUGUUGACUUUACAUUAGCACUACUACAAAUAUAAAACAUGGUGUCAGAAAAUAGACGAAUUACGUAGUCCUGUGACAGUGAUCUUGACAUUAUUUGGACUUAAUUCAUAACAGCGAAAUAUGGAUAUGUCAGGAAUUACACCUCCGUGCAUGGAUUGGGACAGUACAAACCUCCCGGAGGCGUGGGAAAGGUUCAAGCGACACGUGGAACUCAUCUUCACUGGACCUUUGAGCUCCAAAUCAGAGAUAGAGAAAGUGUCAUAUCUUCUCUUGUGGAUAGGCGACAAAGGCCGCGACGUUCAUCAAGCGUGGACUCUGACUGAAGCCGAGAAAAAGAGCCUGAAAUCCAUUUACAAGAAAUUUCAAGCUCACGUCCAGCCAAAACUCAACCCAAUUUUCGCGCGCUUCAGAUUCUACAACGAAGUUCAAGGAGCUGACACUAUCGACAAAUUUGUCACUCGACUACGACUACGCUCACGUGACUGUAAGUUCAACGCAAACGAAGACGAAAUGAUCAGAGACAGGAUCGUUUUCGGCACGAACAAUUCAAGAAUAAGGGAAAAACUCAUCAAUGAAGGAGAGAAGCUAACGCUUGACAAAGCACUCCAGAUAGCUCAAAGCUUUGAGUACUGCCAGACUCAAAUGGCAACCAUGAAUUUGACGUCAACGCAAACGGACACACCGCCAGUCACCCCAACACCCGUGGACGCCAUACACAGACGUAACGGACGUAAGCCACCGCCAGACAACCACCAACAGCAGCGCCAACCACCACAGCAGCGCCAACAACAACGUUCAUACCAACGAUAUGAGAAAUCAUGUGACAAUUGCGGACGAGUGCACGGACCUACCAAAACUCAGUGCCCAGCAUUUGGCAAAUUGUGUAACAAGUGCCAAAAACAAAAUCAUUUUAGACAUAUGUGCAGAAGUAACCAGAAUUACCACAAAUCUGUACAUGACAUUGACGCUAGUGCUGUAGACGGUGCAUGUGGAUAUUCAUGUGACACACCGGAAUACUACAUCGACAUGGUAAGCACACGUUCUUUAUCACAAUCGCCAGACCGUGCCUUCGUUCCCAUCACUCUUGGUCCUAGCAAAGUACCAAUACAUUUCAAAAUUGAUACAGGCAGUGAAUGCAACAUAGUUUCACAUGAAACGUUCAAACGCCUAAAAUUAAGUGACCCUCUCGAGCCCCCCGACAGCAAACUGACCUCUUACUCAGGCGACCUUCUCAAGGUUCUUGGAAAAAACGAGGAAGAUGUUCUAUAUCUAUGGAACGGACUAUAGAUAGACUGACCACGUGAUUGGCCAGAGCCCGCGGAGCCCGGCACGCUCCAGCGUCAGUCAUUAACUAUAGCUCGAUAGGAUAACAUGCAACUGUAGAUUGUGUAUUAAACUGUUAAAUAGACAUAGCCUUUUGUACUUGCCUUCACCCUUGUGUUGACUUUACAUUAGCACUACUACAAAUAUAAAACAUUGUGUGCACCUAUUUCAAUGUUUAACUUGUGGCUUAAGCAUCUAAAGCACGCGAGUGCUCGCCUGAUUUUUAAAACGUAUGUCCAUUGCUAGAUAUUCUAAGUUUUUUUUCAUAUUUCCUCACAUUGUUGGCACUCGCUGAAAAAGGCAAUGCAUUCAAAUUUUACUGACCGUUCGAAGGCGGUACCUAACAAUCCUUUAUAAACAUACCUAGUUUUGUAUGUAGUAUAUAAUUAUGCACUGUGUUGUCUGUGGAG